AACCACACAACUUAGAGGGGUGGAGCUCCCAACGUGCGUCAACGACAUCCGAUAUAACGAGCGUACGAGAGAAAGGAGCCGCAGAAUAGAGGACUCCGGCAUAAGUGAGACGGUUACAACUAUAUGUAUUAUCAGCAGAUUCUUACCAUCGCCGGCUUGUCACGUACGCCGUUUUAUCUCAAAGAUGACCAGAAUGAUAGAAUUUAGGGAUUUGGGAAUAAACAUGAAGGAUCUAACACCUGCAGCGAAAUUGGCGUUAGACACCAAUGAGGACACCAAUCAGACACUAAUGGCAGAUGUCGAUGAUGUGGAUUAUACGGAUUUUCGGUUUGAGUCCGCGAGAUUGGGUAGUUACACCAAUUGGCUUUUAUCGUAUAUAGAACCUAAGACACUUGCAGCCGCCGGUUUUUAUUAUACUGGUCAAGAGGAUGUGGUGAGAUGCUUUGAAUGUCGCCUGACAUUGCGUAAAUGGUCGCAAAAUGACAAUCCUUGGGUGGAUCAUCAACGAUUUUCCGAUAACUGUAGAUUCCUCCGCGGUAUACCUUGCGGUAAUGUACCAAUUGAUGUUGAUCCCGAUACGAUACCGCAAGUACAAUCCAGGAGUCGUGACUUUUGCGGCGUGUACGGGAUACAAUAUCGACCUAAUGCCGUUGUCGAUGUUCCUAUUAAAGUCUAUUUCGAGAAUACGGAGACCUCGAAUACGAUUAGUCUCGGCGAGUUACAAGGUGCAAAGUAUCCCGAAUAUGCCAACAUUAGCAACAGAAUAUUCACUUUUGAAACGUGGCCGAAGACAAAAGUCCAAACGAAGGAACAGUUAGCAGACGCUGGUUUUUAUUAUACCAAGAAAGAGGAUCGGACGAUCUGUUAUUAUUGCGGAGGAGGUUUGGAGGGCUGGGAACCAAACGAUGUGCCUUUGCAAGAGCAUAUAAAAUGGUUUUCGAAAUGUAAAUAUGCUUUGAAACGUGAAACUGAAAAAACUAAUUCGUUUACGUCAUCACAUACAUGAUAUAACAAGGAAACCUGUACACAGGAUACCAAUACACCACAGGAUAAUAAGGAAAAGCGCCGAAAAUAACAAUAAAUAAAGUAUAACCCUCAAUCUUGCUCGUAAAUGUAACUAUAAUUAUAAAUUGUAAGGAAACGAACAUAUAAGACACUUUGAACGAGGAGGAAAAAGCAAUAAUACAGUUUAUAGAAUCAUGUUAAUAGAAAAAUUUGCGAUGUGUAUAACAAUAGAGAAACAUAGUAAAUACAUAUCGUAAUUACUGAAUUGCUUACAUAAAAUUCACGAACAACGUCCGAUGUAUGUUCUGCUUAAUUAACGCAAAAUUGUACGAGUCAUGUUGGAAAAUAUACGGACCAUUCUAUCGUAA